AUGGCAAAGGAUUUGAAUGUCUACCAAGACGGCAAGGGAAGGAAUUUGAUGGAAUGGAUUCGAGAGAAAGGAGAGAAUAUGUACACGGAUAUCGGGAAGAGGACCUGGAGGGUCCCGCCCAUAAAGUUCAACAUGCAGAAGUUGGUUGAGCAGAAGUUGAGCAAGGUGGAGAAUGGGCAGCAACCGAUGCGCAUAGAAGGCACAGUGUUAGGCCAACCAAACUUGACUGAUCAGGAAACCAACAGAGCAGAGAAUGUUGUUUGUGGAGCAUUUGAGAGCUUGAGCAAUUGUCUUGUUCAUAAAGGGCUUGGUUCGGCCAUGUUUCUCAUUUCCAACUUUGAGUAUGACAACUAUCUGAACAAACUCUCCAACUGCGUCACUAGGUCUCAGACCGUGGACACAUCUGGGAGCCAUACUUCAGGUUCAGUGUUUGAAGCUGUCAGUGGCAGUGAGAGCACUCAGGCUAGUGGGCUAGUGGUCAAGCUUCCCAAGGAUGUUGCUAAUAGAGGGGAACUGGACAUACUGAUCCUGCACCAGGAGGCUGGAGUAAUCUUGGUUCAGACUAAAGCAGUUGGCUACAACUUUCAGGAGCGGCCUUCACACUUUGACCAAAGCAGCUCCAUCCGGACCGCCAUUGAAAAAGCUGGUGAGCAGCUGGCUCGGGAUCGUAAUGUGAUGUUGUACAUCAUGAAUGACUUGGGUUUGAAGAAUGACCAGAUGACUGCUGUUGUUGCCUUGCCCAAUCUGCCCAGAAGUGUUCUUCAGAAUGAAAUGAGUUCAGAUUUGAAGCAUAAAGUUAAGCAUGAAUACAGCCUGGACCUGGACAAGAACUUUUUGUGUGAAGAAGAUUUCAAACCAGACAUUGAUGGUUGCUAUGGGUUGCUAGAGAUAUGGUGGAGAGAGACUCUGCUGAAAAUGGCUAAAAAACUGGAUCUCCCAACCAUGCAACAGAUUGCUUACAGGACUGUGGGACUGUUGUCAACUGUGAGUGUCUGGUCCUACGCACAGCCAAGGAUUGAAGUCCGCAACUUGAAUCAAGCAGCUUGGGAGACUGGACACAGGUACACUCAAGUAGUGCUGUCUCCCCAGCAGGUGGAACUGUUGAAACAUGAGGACCAGUACAUGUACCUUUGGGGGCCUGCAGGCUCUGGAAAGACCCUGCUGCUUUCUCUAAAAGGUCGUCAGUGGCUGAGACGGGAUUGGAAUGUUGCUAUUGUGAAUACUAGGCUGGGGUCAAGGGGAAGGACAGUCGGACAGGUCAUCGAAACAACCAUCAAUAAAACUGAAGGGCUGAGAAAGAAAGUGAUGAGAAUAGAUCUGGACCUCAUGGACAAUGAGGAAACUCUCUUGUCCAUUGUGUCUGAGCAUGUCAGAGGGGAAACAUUCCACUUCUUGCUGGAUGAGAUAGCUUGGGUGAAGGAGACUGAGAAGCUGUUGCAUUUACUGAAGAAAUCAUAUCCCUACAGCUCCAUCUGGUGUGCUGGAAUGUUGAUUGAGUGCCAGCCAGAGGGCUUUGAGGCUGGAAGUUUAGAGGUGAUUCUGAGAUGUCCGCCGUCGGUUCAGAGAGUGCUGAGAAUUGUUGAUAACAGAGAUGAGAGAUGCCAGUUGUACAAAUUGGAUAGUGCAAAAGCUGGUCUUCCAACAGAUGGGCUGAAAGCUUUCUUCGUCAUCCAUUCCCAGCAUGGCGACCCAUCUGUCCAGCCAUAUGACUGUAGAAUCUGCGGCCAGAAACUAUCAGACAUCUUGAUCAACCAUUUGAACAUGAGGGGCAGAAUAACUAAUCGAAUUUCAUCAAGUCAGGAGCCAACUUUGACACAACAGCAACAAAACAGCCAGUCAUUUUGCUUAGAGUCUGUUUGUAGAGACCAAACUGAACUUAACCAAGUCCAGAAACUUGAUAGCAGUGUUGGCAGCGACACAAUGACUAAUCAAAUAACUAAUCAACACUCAUCCAAUCAGAAGCCAGCUUUGACAGCCCCACAGGACAGCAACAAAUCAUUUUCCUUUAAAUCUGUUGAGAGAAACCACUCUGAAUUUGACCUUAUACAUAAACUUGGGAGCAGUGUUGGCAGCGACAGUGGAAUAGAUAAUACUUACAUGGAUGUUGAGAUUCCCUUGGACAGUCCUGAAACUGGUUCUGUUGUAAUACCUAAAAACAAAACUCGAAAGAAGCAAAACAGGAACAAGAAAAAACAUCCUGUUUCCUUUGAAAACAAUAAUCCAGAUGAGAAUGCACACAUGACAGUGAGUAAGACUAUCAAUAAUAACAACCCAAAUGUUACUACUGGUUGCAGUCCUCACUCAGAAGUUUACAAUCCAGAAAAAUUCAUUGCAACAAAAGAUUUAAAUAAAGAGGAAGUUCCUAUUGUUAACUCUGUAACUAAAUCUCGUAAUAGGAAAUGCAACAAAACUCAAAACAGCACAAAGAACACAGAUACACUAACUCCAGAGCAGGAUAUUGAGAACAUUCACAACCAGAUAAUAAAUAACCAAAAUGAAAGAGACUGUAAAGAAAACAGCAACAAUGCUCAGAAUCAAAACAGAAUAGGGGCUAAUGUAGGUGAAAGGUCAAAGAAGAAGAAAGCUGGAGGAAAAAAAUCUCAUUAUAAUAACAUGGAUGGCUCAGCUGAGGGAUCAAACUACCCACAGUUGAACUUCAGUGAUGCGAUCCUGCCAGUCACAGUCCCCCGAGGCUGGCACCACUACAAUGCUAGAGGAUACUGGUCAAUCUCCCGAGAAGCUUUGGCACAGGAAAUGGUUAUAUUGGGCUCGAGCCCCUUGUGUGAGGAACUCUAUAACUCAGGGGUGCCACUGAAGGUUGAAGAGCAGAUGGUUAUGAAUGCUGAGGGCAAAGAGCUGGAAAACAACUUUGUUCUUUGUCCAGUUGGAGCAGUUCAUGGCUUGGAGUAUAAAGUUGUGGUCUGUGUCCCAAGUGCUCGCCAUCUUCCAGAAUACAUGGAACUAAGUCAAGGAAUCCGAAAUGGAUCAAUGGAGCCCAAGAUGUUGGUGAAAAGGACCCAGUUUGGUAGUGAUUACUUAAAACGCUUAGAUCAACUGGCUCGAGAAGAAAUGCAUUUCUCGAUGACAGACAACAAUUAUGGACCAAAAAUUGACAAAGUCCGAAUUUCCACCCAUGUUGCUGAGGAGGGGGCGCCAUUUGAUCAUCUGUAUGAGCCUAUUUCUGAAAAGGAAGCUCAGUUGAUCUCACAAGAAAACUUACUGCGUUUAAAAGCCACAGAACCAGACAAACCAUAUGUAGCACACAAAUACACAGAGGAAGAGAUCAAGAGGUUCAAGGAUGAACUCUGUGGACAGUGCAGCAACAAAGACACAUGUGUCUGUCAGUACUUCACCCCAGAGGAGCUUGCAGCUGUCCAUAGACUGGAGUCCUGGGACAAGGCUUAUGUGCUCAUGUGUGCCUCUAGGUGUACCUCGACAUUAGUCCUGGUGCUGCCUUGA